AUGGAUUUCGAUGAAUUUAUAGAAUCGUUGGAAAGUUUACCAAUUGAUUUAAGUCGUAAUCUUCGUUUAUUACGAGAGCUUGAUGAUAAAAGUUUAUCAUUAAAAUCUGAAUGUUCAUCUAUUGCAACGAAAUAUCAACAAACAAAAUCUCAUGAUGAUAAAUAUAAUUUAAUACAUUCAUUAGAUGAUUUACAAUCUCGACGUUUAUUAAAUGCUGAUGAAAAGAUUACAUUAGCAAAUCAAGCAUAUGAAAUGGUUGAAAAACAUAUACGUCGUUUAGAUGAUGUUUUAGAAGAACUAGCCAAUCAACCACAAAUUAUCCCAGCAAAUAAUCGAAAGAAAAAACGAACAAUAUCAGCGAAUGAUGAAUUAAAUUCAAAUAAAAAACGACGUAAAAUUGACAAACCAUUAAAUCAAGUACAAAAUAAAACAUCAAUUAAAAAGAAAGAUCAUCAUCAACAACAACAACAACAAGAUAUGAGAAAAGUUGAACCUGUUGGUUUAGAUUUAUUUCCUAUUGAUCCCUAUGAGCCACGAUAUUGUGUAUGUAAUCAAGUAUCAUUUGGACGUAUGAUUGCAUGUGAUAAUCCCCAAUGUCAAAUUGAAUGGUUUCAUUUUGCAUGUGUUAAACUUGAAGAAGAACCUAAAGGAAAAUGGUUUUGUGAAAAAUGUCGACCUAAAACAAUUUAA